AUGGAGGCGACGCGCCAAAAAAUCGUGGUGAAAGAGGUGAUCAAUGUAGCCCGCAGGAAUGCUGAUCUUCGGCGCCAAGUGAGGUACCAAGGGCUUCCUGACUCAGAGUUGCCUCUCGUCCCUGCAGAGAUGGAACCUUAUCAGCGCAAGUUUAUCUGUACGCAUGGGUGGUCCGAACGUGACAGAUCAACGGGAAAGCGGACGUCACACAAGCUGAGUACUACCGAUUGUCCGUUUCAGAUGCUGGCUCAAGCUACCAAGCGUAGUGACGGUCAAUGGAGCGUUGUGAUGAAGCGUGAAGUGUACGCCCAUAAUCAUUGUGUCUCCGAAGACAUUUACAGGUCUUAUCCAGGUAUUCGCCAGGUUCCGGCGGACUCACCUUUGAUGCCAGGUAUUGAGCUGCUGGUUGAAUCCGAAGCCGGGACAACAAGCGUGUACAACUACAUUCGAGAGAACUCAAAGCACCGAGUCUCCAUGGAUGAUGUGCACAAUCUACUUCGCCGGCUGCGUGUGGAGUUGUCUGAUAACGAUGCCGUGGCUGAGAUGAUUAUGGACUUCAACAGAGAGUCAUCGGCAAAUGUUUCUUCGGUGCACGAAAGUGCACGUGGAGAUACCGGUGUGCUUUCCUUCACUAGUGAGCAUAUGCGUGCGAUGUUGGACAACUUCCCCGAGGUGAUUCAAAUGGACUGUACGCACAAAACCAAUCAGUAA